AGAGAAUCUUCAUUUUUUUCUAUCCUAUUCUUAACGAGACACCCUGAAUAUGAUAUAAUACUCAAAAAUGAUACCAACCUAAGAUUACGUCACCUCAUGACUUAUAUAAUGCUAAAAUGUCUUGGAAUUUAUCGAAAAUGACAACGCUGUAAAAAAUUGGGCCAAAAAGUGCGGUUAUGUAUUCUGAAUGGAGCCUCGUGAGAUUUUUAUAAGUUUUAAAUGUAUUUUUCUAUUUUUUGAUUAAGAUAUAAACGAAUUGAUCAGAAUGCAUCGAUUGUUAAACAUCCAAGGAAAGUCGUUCUACAAAUAUUCACGUGAAUCAUUCAGUUUACUUAAUGCAAACGCAAAUGAUUGCCUCUUAUGUAAACUAAACAACACAUUUACAGGUUCAGUCAGAUUCAAUUCAACCAUUGUUAAUCCCAGUUUAAAAAAAUAUAAAAAGUUUAGGAAAAAGAAAAAGGAAUAUGCAGAAUUGCUAUUUGUAACUGAAAAUUCAUCAUGCCAACGUAGGGCUACUGUUAAAAAACUCACUUUCAGUGAUCUAGAGCUACUAGCUACAACAAAUUUAAAUCUAAGCGAGCUAUAUAAAUUAAAAGAACUUUCCCAAAAUAAAAUUUUUAAUGAACACACAUACAAUAAUUUAAAUAUGAUAGAUAAUUUCCCAACAUCUAGUUUAGACAUACAUAAAUCAUUAAAUCUGAAUGUAAGCAGUGAUAAUAAUAAACGGGCUGUAAAUUUGGAUGUGCCUGAUAUGAAUAUAGUAGCCGAAUUACAAAAUGUUAAAGAAAAUAUGGGUCUACCGAUAACAGAGAUAUUCAAUGAUUCUGGUGAGUUAUCGAGUAUACAUGUUGAACAAGAGGCCGAGUUAGAAAGUUUAAAAGUUAUAAACACAUUUCAACCGGAAGUGUUGGACGAUCAGAUAUCAGAAGUAGAAGAAAUAAAAGAUCCACCGGGACAUAAAGCAGUAAAAACAGAUACUGAUCGCAAACGUAGGGAAGAAAUCAUAACAAAAACUGUGGCUGCUUACAUAGAAGUGUGCGCCCAUUUAAAAAACCCCCAACGAGGAUUGUCAGCUUUAAAUUUCCAUAGAAUUAAAACCAAAAGGUUAAACAACAAGACGUACAUUCCUAUAAAGAGCCCCAACGUCUACAACGCCUUGUUGAAAGGGUUUGCUCAAAAGGGCUCAUUUUCCAAAAUUAAAGAAAUUUUAGACAUAAUGAAAGAAGAGGAAGUAGAAUGCACUGUACAAUCGUACGUGGCUAUUUUUGAAUGUUUAGCUCUAAUUGAAGACAAUUUAAAAGAAUUAGAAAACUAUGCCAACAAAGCUUUGGCUCAGAAUAUUACUUUCGAUAAAAUUAUGAAUGAAGGUAUAUUUCUUAAUAACGAAAGAGACCUUGUGUUGAAUGUAAUGAGAAAGAUCGAUUCGAACUAUGCUCCAAAAUAUAACAAUCCGAUAGUGUUUUAUGACAAUCAGUUAGUGAAUCAUCUGAAUCAUCCUGAACAAGAAAAUCCCUUUGUUCCAAAUUCAAAAGAAAGUAAUGGAUUAUUUACGCCUUUUACUCUGAAAGAAUUGGUGGAUAAACAAAUUAGUUUGGAAAAGGAGGGUCAUAUUACAAUCAAUAGCAUAGAAACGAAAUCUCCACUCACAGAGGAAGUAUUAAGAAAUCGAAUAUCCCUCGACGAUCAUUACAAAAUGUGGGAAAACGAGGCUCUCAAAGCUUUCAACAGAGAUUUAGCCACAUUAUCAGCCCAAAGAAGUGCUACGAACAUGGAACCGUACAUACGAUCCAUCCCAGCUAAAGAUUGCAUCGCGAUAAUCGUUGAAGAGGCUAAAAAGAUAGCUCAAGGUUCCGAAACCUACAGUCCCACCGUUAAUAUGCUUUAUAAAGAUUUAGGCACCAAAGUUUACGCUAGAUAUAAAGUACUGCGCAAACAGAAGACUGGUGUAUUGGAUAAAAUUACUGACAUACAUAAAAUGUACUGCACUCACUACGCUAACACCCACAAAUCUUUAGAAGUUUUACCUGAAGAAGAAGUUAUUUUAAACCCCAGACACACCUGGCAAGGCAUCGAUUAUAAUUUGAGGGAAAAAGGGGCUACUCUCGAUAUGGACCAUCAAGAUUGGGUACCCACUAUUUUGACGUUCAUAGGAAAAUUUCUAUACCACAUCGUGAUGUACGAUCUCAAAGUAGACGUCAACGUUUUGAGAAACACCAAACACAAAAACCAUUUACCCGCGUUCUAUACGAUUUUCAGAACCCAAGGGAGGAUCGUAAAAGAAGAGGUUAAACCCCAUCCAGUCUUAUCAAAACUCUACAGGCAAUCGAAUCCGGAAACUUUGACGUUUCCCACUUGCGACGUUCCUAUGAUUUGCCCGCCGGUGCCUUGGAUUUCGACGCAAGUGGGCGGGUAUUUGAUUUCGCCGUCCGAAGUUAUUCGAUUGCCUGCGCAAGCUACUAGCCAAAGAAAUCGGCUGAGCGAAGCGGGAUCGCAACAGCUCUAUCCUAGCUUCGACGCUCUAAAUCAACUGGCGGCCGUACCGUGGAAGGUUAACACGAAGAUACUCGAUGUUAUAUUGGAGGUAUUCAGAAACGGUGGUUCAUCACAACUGGACGUGCCGGAACCGCCAUCUUCGUUGAAACCUCCACCGCAGCUCACACAAGACAUGGAUAAAGCCGAAAGAUAUGAACUCUUUAAACAAAAGAUGCAACAUAGAAGGAAAAAGGCGGAAAUGUACUCGUUAUGGUGCGAUUGCUUGUACAGACUUUCCUUGGCUAAUCAUUUUCGUAACGAUACGUUUUGGUUACCGCACAACAUGGAUUUCAGAGGUAGGGUAUAUCCCGUACCUCCUCAUUUAAAUCAUCUGGGUUCGGAUCUGGCCAGAUCUAUGUUGGUGUUCGCCGAACCCAGGCCCUUAGGGCCCGACGGUUUAGAUUGGCUUAAAAUACAUCUGAUCAAUUUGACCGGAUUAAAGAAGAAGGAAUCUAUCCAGAAAAGAUUAGAAUACGCGAACGAAAUCCUUCACACGAUCGUCGAUUCCGCGGACAAACCGCUGACCGGUAAGCGAUGGUGGGCGGAAUCGGACGAACCUUGGCAAACUUUGGCUUGCUGCAUGGAAAUAGCCGACGUCAUCCGUUCCGGCGAUACGGAAAACUAUCUUUCCUAUUUCCCCAUACACCAAGACGGCAGCUGCAACGGUUUACAACAUUACGCGGCGCUGGGAAGAGACGCCAGCGGCGCCUUUAGCGUCAAUUUGUGCGCUUCCGAUGUACCGCAGGACGUGUACAGCGCCGUCGUCAGUUUGGUCGAGAAACAGAGGAUCGCUGAUGCUGAAAACGGGAACGAGAUUGCUAAAUUGCUUGAAGGUUUUAUCAAAAGGAAGGUCAUCAAGCAAACCAUCAUGACGACAGUAUACGGCGUGACUAGGUACGGUGCUAAGCUUCAAAUAGCUCGUCAACUCAAGGACAUCGAUGAAUUUCCUAAAGAUUUAGUAUGGCCGGCUUCAUCUUAUCUUACUGGAAGGACGUUCGAUUCCUUAAGGACGAUGUUCACGUCUUCGAGAGAAAUACAAGACUGGUUUACGGAAUGCGCUAGGUUGAUUUCGGCUGUCGGAGGUCAACACGUCGAAUGGGUUACGCCUUUAGGUCUACCGAUCGUGCAACCGUAUUUUAAAUACAGAAAAACGACCGUUGGGACUAAUUACGAUUCGUAUAUUAUAGAUAAGUAUGAAAAACCGAACGUGAUGAAACAGAAAAAUGCCUUUCCUCCGAAUUUCAUACACUCCUUGGAUUCUAGUCAUAUGAUGCUGACGUCGCUUCAUUGCGAAAGGGCUGGUAUAACGUUCGUUUCGGUGCACGAUUGCUAUUGGACGCAUCCUUCGACUGUACAUAUCAUGAAUAAGAUCUGUAGAGAACAAUUUGUUACGCUUCAUUCCGAACCGAUUUUGGAAAACCUCUCCGAAUUUUUGUGGGAAAAAUUCAGUUAUGACCAAAGUGAAUUCACUGGAGAUGGAUCUGUGAUAGACUUGACGAAGAAGAAGUUGAACAGAGUGUUGCGACAACUUCCGAGCACCGGCGAUUUCGAUAUCAAUCAAGUGUUGAAGUCGGUGUACUUCUUUAGUUGAUGUUUUACGCUUUAGAUUUUUUAUGUUGAAUAAAAGAAUUGUGAUUAA